AUGCGAAGUCGUAUACCCAAGACUGCAACUUUAUCAUCCGUCUUGAUGUCAACAACAUCAUGCUGUUGUCUUUUGAAGCUUAUUGGAUUCUAUGUUAACAAGUAUGCUGAGGAGCUAAUUGGCAGGAAACAGGUCCAGAUUAUUGUCGGGACGAGACAUGGAUGGAAGCAACCUCAGGUGCUGAUGUUGGAUCAAAUGCCAGUUCAUUCAUCAGAAGCAGCUUCCGUUGCAUCCAUAACCCUCUUCCAUUUCGUCCACAGAAUGUGCUAUAGGGAUCAGGUCCUCAGGAGCUAUCACUCGGAAAUAAAUGGACCUUUCCCAGAUGUAAGGGAUCAAUUUCGAAAGAAUUUCAGACUGGAAUACCAAAAUGAAAAAAAUCUGGAUCGUGGAACCCCUGCUCUUAAAGCAUAUGAUAGCAUUAUAGCUAUUGCUGAGGCUGUGACAAGAUUACCUAGUAACAGCACUAGUACUACUAAUCCAAAUUUACUGCCCAAUGAAAUUCCUAAGUGGCAAAAUUCGUUUCCCUUGGUGGAAAAAUAUUACAGAAAUAUAUAUUCAAGAUUGUUAACAUUAUUUUCUGGAGUUAUAAAGAGCUUGGCAUUUGUUCCUCUGCUUGCUAAUAGAUCUCAUUUGUGGAGUUCACUCAGCUCUUUUCUGAGUCAAGCUCAACUGUGGAGAUUACAGUGA